AUCACUAAUAUGAACAGCUGAACAACAAUAAUCAUAUUUGGUUAAAAACAAUUAUGCGAAUAAACGCAGCCGCCUUAUAGCGCCCGUGCCACGCCCCCUGCGAUGCGAACAGGCGACCACGCCAAGGUGUCGCCACGAAUCCAGCAAGCAAGGAGAACCCAAGCCAAGAGUCCGGAGUCCCCAGAACGGAACACCCAGAAAUUCCGGGCAGAAACACAAUAAAAACAUGUCUACGGAGGAGCAUGUGUGGCGAGCGCACGUCGUGCGGCGUUUACGCGAGCGGAAUCGCAAGGAGUGCGACAACUUCAAGGAGAUCAUCGAGCAAAACAACCGACUGAUUGACCAUGUGGCGCAGCUCAAGGCGGACAACCUGAAGAUCUCCGUCGAAAACGAGCAGCUCCGCAACGCGGUGUCAACAGGUGGCACCGGCUCCAACGUGGCCAUCGCCACCCUCGAAAAAAAGCUGCUCAGCCAGCAGGAGGAGCUCACCGAGCUGCACAAGCGCAAAGGCGAGAACUCCCAGAUGAUCGUGGACCUCAACCAGAAGGUCGAGCAACAGAGGAUCAUCAUUUCCGAGAAGGAGCACAGCCUCGUCGAACAGCAAACGAACAACAACCGAUUGCGCGCGGAAGUGCAGCUACUUCACUCGAGUUUGGAGGAACUCAAGAAGCUGAACAACACCAUGUUGGAUGAGCAUACAGCGCUUCAAUUGGCAUUUAGCUCCCUCGAGGAAAAGAUGAGAGGAGUGCAAGAUGAAAAUCGACGUCUCCUGGAGCGACUUAUGCAAUACAAGUCAAAGGACGCCGACAAGUUGAACGAGGAAAACGAGAGCAUAAUUAGAAAAAGACUGCCGUCAAUUUUCAGGAAACGUUCGGCUAAACUGAAACGUGACCUAGAAGACGCGGUCCGUGAGCCCAGCUCGUCCAGCAACACCGCCUCCUCGCCCGGCGCCGCAUCCUUGCAGCGCAACUCCAGUCCCGCCCAGUUCGUUGGCGGCCUCAUCGGUGACGAGGACUUCGACGAGGCCGCAAUAAAUGGCGCCAUGGAAGCCAUAGGUCUCGAUGAUAAUGAAUAUAUUAGCGCUCGUUUUACAGCAGGAGGCGAUAUAGCCGAGAACUCCCGGGCUUCCAUUGACACCCUGAAGGCCACCGGCUACCUGGGUCAGGCCAAUCCCACCAAGAUCCUCAUGAAGUUCGAGGCACACGAGAACGAGUCGCAUGCGGUGCGCUGGAGUCCCGUCGAGCGCAUGGUGGCCACCGGUGGCGCUGAUCGCAAAGUCAAACUUUGGGAUAUUGGCAAAAAUUCCACUGAACCACGCGCAGUUCUCAGCGGCAGCAGUGCUGGGAUUAACUCCGUGGAUUUCGAUUCAACAGGCGCCUACAUCUUGGGCACCUCGAAUGACUACGGAGCCAGAGUAUGGACAGUGAUGGACAAUCGCUUAAGACACACGCUGACGGGUCACAGUGGCAAGGUAAUGGCCGCCAAAUACGUCCAGGAGCCCAUCAAAGUGGUGACCGGAAGCCACGAUCGCACACUAAAGAUCUGGGAUCUGCGCAGCAUCGCCUGCAUAGAGACAAAGUUUGCCGGCUCCAGUUGCAAUGAUCUCGUCACCACCGACAGCCUUGGAUCGACGAUCAUCAGUGGGCACUACGAUAAGAAGAUCCGGUUCUGGGAUAUACGCACGGAGAAGCAGGCGGACGACGUCUUGAUGCCGGCCAAGAUCACCUCGCUGGAUUUGUCAAAAGAUUGCAAUUACCUCAUAUGCUCUGUAAGAGACGAUACUAUUAAACUGUUAGAUUUACGCAAGAACCAAGUUAUAUCCACGUUCACAAACGAACACUUUAAAAUCAGCUGUGAUUUUGCUCGGGCCUCUUUCAACUCGAGCGGCCUGAAGAUUGCGUGCGGAUCGGCGGAUGGCGCUAUAUACAUUUGGAAUGUGAAUGGUUUCCUAGAAGCCACACUCAAGGGUCACAGCACCGCCGUAAACGCGGUCAGUUGGAGUCCCAACAACAAUAUGCUGGCCUCCGUGGGAAAGAACAAGCGCUGCACCAUCUACUCGGAAUCAUAGCCCUAAUGUUGCCAUACUACACACGUCAUUCGAGUCAGUCGGUUGCAAUUGCAAUCAGAAUCAGAAUCAGUUGUUGCAAUUCCGAAACUGAAACGCUUAAAUCUGCAGUCACUGCAAUCACAACGGCCAUGCGGAUGCUGCUGUAAAUAGUAAAUUCGGUUGGCGAUCGGUCGGCGUACGCCCAGAGCCGAAAUUUUAAUAACUUUACUUGAUUAUUUUAUUUAUACUUGAAUCGGAUAUAGUAUGCAAAUUGUAUCAAUUCAUAUAGCAGUAGUCAUUAUGCCUGCAAAAAACAACAACAAACAAAAAAAAAAAAACAACUACCACUACUGCGGCGUUAAGUACCGCCAGCGAUCUGAAAUCUUGUGGCGCUCCUAAGUGCUGCCACCACUCAAGGUAGUGUCGUUGAAGGCGCAUUGCUAAGUAAAUUAAUUGAGAGUCGAGGAGAGGAAUCCACUCGCCUGGAGGAGCCAACCCAUCCCCAGUCCAUCCAGCCCUGCCAGCUCAGUCCAGCCGAGCAGAGUCGUCCAGAGUGACGGGCAGACGUUUGGACUUGGACAGGAGUCACUUUCCCGUAUGCAAGAGCGCUCCUCCAGCUCCACCAGCUAAAGAUAAAGAUACAAAUCUGCACGAAGCCUGUUUCCUGUUCUGCUGAGGGUGCAUUUAUUUGCAUGAUUCACAUUCACACACAACACAACCGGUGUGUGCCUAACGAUACUUAUACAGCUGCUGGAUCUUCGUACAGGUGUACCCCAUCACCAUCGCCAUCACCACACUAUGCACUCCAUAUGCUGUGCACUCCAUGCUCCAUACUGCAUACUCCAUACUCCAUGCGCCAUACUCCAUGCGCCAUAAUGAAGACGGGAAGACGUCGAGUCGCUGGGAAAAGUUGGGGCAACAAGCACGACAUUUGGACCUUUCUGCCCACAUCGAAAAGUGAAUCGCUGGCUUUCCUGCCCCGCCGAGGAUCGGGACUUGGAACUUGGAAGUCGGGAGUCGAGACUCGUGCAUUUUGGGCGACUCUAAGUGAGCAUGUUCCUGGAAGCCCUCGACUCGCGUUUACAGUUGGAUGCAUUUUCAGUGCCAUUGAAGUAUAAAUAAUAAUAAUAAUUCGCAGGUGUCUGCAUUCCACGUCCAAUUCGCACAAUUCGUUAUGCGUGGGUAAAAUGCUAAGAUGGCAGUUGGACUCCCAGGCCAGCUCAUCUCCUCAUCCAUUCCCAUUCAUACGAGCAUAUAUAAAGCUGAUUUCCAUAUAUGAAAGCCAAAUUUCAGAGAUGUUUAUUGCAUGAGCAAUUUGUCCACUAAAAAGAAGUAGAUGAGCCGAUGGAGCAGCACCCCCGAAAUGAGCAAACAGCAUGGGUAUUUCAUUAAAAAACUUAUGUUUAAUAAUAAUAAGAUGAGUUCGUUCCAUACAAUUAGAGGGCCAAUGCAAACAGCAAAGUCUGUCGUUGAAAUGCAAUAAAUUACGAGUAUAGUGCUUAACUAGGCUAAUUCCAUACAAA